AAUUUAAUUAUAGGCCUAGGCCCAAGAUUAAAGUAAGCUUGGCCCAAAUUUGUUUCGUAAUGAGAGAGACUGAUACAUAAUUCUUGAAACGAUUUCUUCACUCUCUUAUUUUGACAAUUCGAUACUUAGAAAUGGCUUCUUCGUCUUUACCUCCGGCGAUGGAAGUCGGAGAAUAUAUAAACUGGACGGAGCUUCCACCGGAACUGACGUCAGCAAUCCUGCACCGUCUUGGCGCGAUUGAGAUACUUGAAAACGCUCAGAAAGUUUGCAGAUCGUGGCGCCGAGUUUGUAAAGACCCAUCGAUGUGGCGUAAAAUCGACAUGCAUAACCUCGGAGAUUUGGAAGACAUGGAUUACAACCUCGAGAUCAUGUGUCGCCACGCUGAGAUCGAUAUAUGGUACUUUGGUACUGAUGGUCUCCUCAAUUACAUCGCCUAUAGGUCGAGUAAUCUGAGAAGCCUUAGACUGACAAGAUCAAGUAAUCUGAAAAGUUUUGCACUUCCAGUCUGUUACCCAUCGAUAACAACAAUAGAAGAACUUGUUAACGCAAUCGCGAAAUUUCCAUUUCUUGAAACCCUCGAGUUCUUCGACUUUUUGUUUAUACUGGAUUUGAAAGCUAUAGGCCACGCUUGCCCACAGCUAAAGACAUUGAAGAUAAACUUCUCAGGCUACACCCCUUGUGAUGAUGAUGAUGCCAUAGCAAUCGCUGAAAGCAUGCCGGAACUACGCCACCUCCAGCUUAUGGGGAACGGACGACUAACCGACACAGGCUUGAACGCCAUUCGUGACGGUUGUCCUCAUCUGGAACACCUUGACAGACGUGAUGAAUCUCCUGGGGAUCACGAUCGCCAUGAGAUCGUGACUAGAGCUUCUGUGAUCCUUAUGAGAUCAUAAUCGGUUGUUCAUAAUUAUCAUUUUAUCAUCUUGUGUAAUCUGUGUUUGUGUGAUUGUAAUCAAUAGCUACAGAGAUCUAUAAAGGAUUUUGUGAGUU